CAGACUGGGCCGCCCCUGCCUGGAUCAAGCUGAGAUUGAUUGACACGCGAAAGGCGAUCGAGUCCAAGUUCAUCAGGCGGGAAGCUCGCUAGAGCACGAGCACGUGCGUGUUGAUCCAUGGAGAAGCAGAAGCAGAAGAAGCACGGGAGGUCCAGGAGCUUCACCGGCGGCGGGCUGGCCUCCUUCCUCAGUUCCACCGUCGCGUCCUCCUCCUCCUUCCCGUCCCGUGGCAACGGCAGGUCCUCCUUCAACCACCGCAACGCCUUCUCGGGGCCCAUCGUCUCCAUCGUCCCGCCGGAGGCGCGCGGCGGCGCCGGCAGUAAGAGGAAGCAGUCGGGCUACCGUACGCCCGAGCCGUCGUCGCCCAAGGUGUCCUGCAUCGGGAAGAUCAAGAGGAGCAACUCGAAGACCAAGAAGAAGGUCAACCCGUGCGGCAAGAACGGCGGUGCCUGCCCGCUGCCUCCGAGGCCGACGACGACGACGGAGGGGCGAUGCAGGCCGAUGGGCUCGCUCGUGAAGCGCGUGUUCUUCCAGCGCAGCAGGUCGCGGUCCAAGUCGAGAGAUGUACGUUCCAGUCACGGGAAGGGGAGUAACGGCGUGGCGGCCGCCCCGGCGCCGGCGGGGCUCGGUCAGAUGAAGCGGUUCACGAGCGGGCGCGCGGCGUUUCAGGACUUCGACUGGCGGGAGGCGGACAUCAGGAGUGGUCGUGAUCAGGACGAUGAGGAGGAGGAGGAGGAGGACGGGUUCGUGGCGCACUGGGCACCGCUGGUGCUCGGCGGGGGCGUAGUGGCGUCGGAGCCGAGGAAGGAGGCGAACCUGUGGAGGCGGCGCCCCAUGGCUCCUCCCACUCCGCUUCAACUUCCCUAGAUAAGCAAAGCUGCAUGCGAUCCUGCAUGCAUGUUCAUCUCUGUGCGCCAAUGCCUAUAUUCUUUAGUUUGUACACCCCUUGUACACGCCUUUGUGAUGAUCAUACAAGUUCAGUUGAUUUUGUA